CCAAAAAAACUCAAACGCACGCAGCAUCAGCUUAUACGACAUCGUUUACAUCACGAAGUUCAUCGCAGCAUCAGAGAGAGUCAAUUCACUGCUUCGAAGUUCAUAGCUUCAUCCCCCAUACGGCGUCGUUCCCGAGUUCACCUCUUCCAACUCGGUCGCGAAUCCGCGUUUCUGAUAAUAUAUCAUCUUCCACUAGAAUAUAUUUGUUGCUUGUGGUUGUUCCUGUAUCCGUUUGAAGAGGACUGAUUGAAGUUGAUAACAUUCGUGGUUGAGAGGAUUUCGGUGUCAUCUUAGAGUGGAAAGGUUGUUGAUGAUAAGAAUCCUAGUGCUGGAAUCAAACAAAGAUUUCACAACUGAAAAGGAAAUUGAUGAAGAGGUAGCUGAUGAUUGUUCUAUAGUUUAAUGCAAACUAAAUGAUUUCAAAAUGGAGACUCAAACUCCCGGAACAGGAAGUAUCAGAGAUGACACCUGUAUCGCUCAGGCCAGCAUAGAUAGAUCCAACUCUGUGAAUGGUGAAUUAAACUGUGUACUAAAUGAAAAGAAAUUGGCUGUAGAAGAGGUUAAUGCACGAAUGGGGUCAUUUGGAAAUGAAGAAAAUUCUGCUCCUAUUGGUGAUGGACAUUUGCUAGUCUCAAAACAAAAGGAGAAAGAACUCGUUGAUGAAGUAACUGUAAGGACUUCAGAAGUGGAACAUCUUGAACGAGAAUUAGAACUGAUGAAAGCAGCAGCUGAAAUGGCAUUUGAUAACCAGCAUUCUAUUGACUUCUACCUUGACCAGUUGACUGAACAAGUACAUGCUAAAAGAGAUUACCUUUUGACUUUGGAAUCAGAAUGGGAUGCUGUAAGAAAACCCUUGGAAGAGAGAAAGAGAACUCUUGAGGAGUCUCUAUAUUCAAAUAGUCCAGAUGCACAGGUAAUGCUCCAAAAGUUGAGAGAAGUGCAGAAGGAAGAACAGUUCAUUUCAUCUGAAAUUAAAAAGAGGGAGGAGGAACAUUCAAAACUUCUUGCAGAUCUGGAAAAGCAGCAGAAAGUAGCAUCUAGGAAAUCCUAUACUCACCGUAUUGAGGAGAUUACCAAAAAUAGCCGCAAACAAGAUGCUGAUAUUGAGAGAAUUCUAAAAGAAACUAGGGACGUUCAAUUGGAAAGUAAUUCUAUCCAGGAAAGUUUGCAUCGGACAUAUAUUGUUGCCGAUGAACUUGUCUUUAGGGAAGCAAAGAAAGAUCCAACAGGGCAGCAGGUUUAUAAACUCCUGGUAAACAUCCAUAAAGGUUUCGAACAAAUAUCUGAGAAAAUUCUGGCAACGGAUAGAAUUAGAAGAGAAGUAUCGGACUAUGAAAUGAAACUGGCAGCCACACCUUCCACUUCAAGAAGCUUAGAUGUGAGCAAGUUACAAUCUGAUCUUGAUGGCGUGGUUAUAAGGGACAAUGAAUACCCCAAAUAGCCGGUACAGUUGAGUGAAGCUGUUUACACAACUAAUUUGAACGUGGCAUACACAGCUUCAGAUGCUUAGAUGCGAGCGAUUUAAAAGCUGGUUUUUAUGCCAUUAUGAGUGAUAAGAUACGAAUAUCUUGAUCCACUGUUACAGGAUAAGUAAAAGCUAGUCUUCAACUAUUCUUUGGAAACAGAUAAAAGAGCUUAUUACCUACUCUGGCUGUUUUUGUCUUGAAAGUUAUAGAAAUAGAAAUUAGAAAAACAUUAAGAAAUUUCAUUUUUCCUAUUGGUUUGA